AGCUCGGAGGAGGCAGUGGGAGGUGGUGGCGGCUGCAGCGCGGGCGCCUGAGGAGGAGGAGGAGAAGCGGAUGAGACCCAGGGCCCGCCAGAGUCGCGCCCGGCUCCUGAGCGGCCCCGAGCAGCGGCAGGCCGGGCCCCCGCGGUCCCUGCUCUCUGCCUGGGACAGCAUGGUCCCCGGGCACCAUGGGGCCCGACAGAGUGACAGCCCGGGAGCUGUGCGAGAAUGACGACCUGGCCACCAGCCUCGUUCUCGACCCCUACCUCGGCUUCCGCACCCACAAGAUGAACGUCAGCCCUGUGCCCCCCCUGCGGCGACAGCACUACCUGCGCUCGGCGCUGGAGGCUUUCCUGAAGCAGCGCGACCUGGAGGCUGCGUACCGGGCCCUAACGGUGGGAGGCUGGAUGGCCCACUACUUCCAGAGCCGGGGCCCGCGGCAGGAGGCUGCCCUCAAGACCCACGUGUACCGGUACCUCCGCGCCUUCCUGCCGGAGAGCGGCUUCGCCAUCCUGCCCUGCUCGCGCUACUCCAUGGAGACCAACGGGGCCAAGAUCGUGUCCACUCGGGCGUGGAAGAAGAACGAGAAGUUAGAGCUGCUGGUGGGCUGCGUGGCCGAGCUGCGGGAGGCCGACGAGGGGCUGCUGCGCGCCGGCGAGAACGACUUCAGCAUCAUGUACUCCACCCGCAAGCGCAGCACCCAGCUGUGGCUGGGCCCGGCCGCCUUCAUCAACCACGACUGCAAACCCAACUGCAAGUUCGUGCCUGCAGACGGGAACGCGGCCUGCGUAAAGGUGUUGCGGGACAUCGAGCCGGGGGACGAGGUGACCUGCUUCUACGGCGACGGCUUCUUCGGCGAGAAGAACGAGCACUGUGAAUGCCACACCUGUGAGAGGAGAGGCGAAGGAGCCUUCCGGCUGCGGCCCAGGGAGCCGGAGCCGCCCCCACACCCCCCGGACAAGUACGAGCUCCGGGAGACCAAGCGGCGGCUGCAGCGAGGCCUGGAGAGCGGUCCCGGGGCCUGCGCGCACGCGGCCCCGCUGCGCCGCCGCCGGGACCCCUUCUGCGCCGCCUGCCAGCCCCUGCGUCUGCACAGCCCGCGCCGGGACGCCUCGCCCCUCUGGCUGCACUGGCUGCCUCAGCUCCAGCCCCGGGCCCGCCCGCGGAAGCGCCGCCGCCCGCGGCCCCGGCGGACCCCCGCGGCGCCCGCGCUCCCCGCCGCCUGCGUCUCCCUGCACCGCUGGGGGGGCUGUGGCCCUCACUGCCGCCUGCGAGCCGAGGCCCUGGUGGCUCUGGGGCCCCCUGCCCGAGCCUGCUGGGGCCCCCGGCAGGACUGGCACUGGGCCCGGCGCUACGGGCUGCCCUCCGUGGUGCGGGUGGAUCUCAGCCGCCUGGCCCAGGCCGUGCCGGCCACCCGUGUCCCCGCAGAGACCCCGGGCCCCACCCCCAUCCCCAAGCAGGCCCUGGCCUUUGCCCGCUUCUCCCCACCCAAGCGCCUGCGGCUGGUGGUCAGCCACGGCUCCAUCAACCUGGACGUCAACGGAGACGCGUCCUGAUCGGCGGGGUAGGGAGGCCCCGAGACAGGCCGAAGGAGGGUUCUCCCGGGGGUCCUCCAGCAGGAGCCCUGGGCCUCUGUGAGGGAGCUGACCCCCCUGAGCCCGGCAGAGCUCCGGCCUGUGAGGGGGCUGCUCUGGACGCCCCCCACCCAGGGAUCUGGUCCCUGACCCUUUGUCACUGCUGACCCCUGAGCCGCCCCCACCCUGCGGGGAGCCCUGGCCGCUUGCUGCCCUCCCUCCCCCGCCCCCUUCUCAGGACUGCAGGAGCCACCCCCUCCCUUGAGCCCCUUCUUCCGCGGGGAGCAAAGCCAUAAGGGGGUGGGGGCCGCCCGUGGCGUCUCCUGGCCCAGGCCUCGAGAGGAGGUGGGACUGAUGUUUUGGGGGGAGUGGGUUAGCUCUUAGCUCUGCAGCUGUCUGAGGUUGGGGGGACGGUGCGGGGAGGGGUGUCUGGGGGGCACGUCUUCCUCGCUGCCCCCCGUGGGUCUCAGGGAGGCCGGGUGCGACCUCAUCUUUCUCAUGGUGCUAUCCCUGGUGCUACUGGGGUGUGGGGGCUGCCUCCCCUCCCCCACACCAGAACGGGGUAUGUUGGGGGAUUGGAAGCACUUGAACUUUUUAUUUUAUUAAAGCCUUGUUAUA